AUGGAACUAGUGAGUGUUUAUAAAAAUGACAACCACGAGACCUGCAGCAAGUACAAUGAGAUGGGACUGGACAGAGAUGGAGAUACUUAUGCAAACAAGGACCGAAAACUCAGCUACACUGAAGCAAGAGCUCGAAACCACAGAGUUCUGCAUAUCAAGCUCACGGCAGAGAGAGAAGUACAAGCUACACACAUGUUACAGUCCAGUUCAAGAGAUCAAACAGAGAAAGACCUGUUACAGAACAGCUUCAACUCUUUGAGUCAGAAGAAACUGGAGCUGGAGACCAGAGUCAAAGAUCUCACUGCUGAGAAAAGCCAGUUACAGAACAACUUCAACUCUUUGAGUCAGAAGAAACUGGAGCUGGAGACCAGAGUCAAAGAUCUCACUGCUGAGAAAAGCCAGUUACAGAACAACUUCAACUCUUUGAGUCAGAAGAACCUGGAGCUGGAGACCAGAGUCAAAGAUCUCACUGCUGAGAAAAGCCAGUUGCAGAACAACUUCAACUCUUUGAGUCAGAAGAAACUGGAGCUGGAGACCAGAGUCAAAGAUCUCACCGCUGAGAAAAGCCAGUUACAGAACAACUUCAACUCUUUGAGUCAGAAGAAACUGGAGCUGGAGACCAGAGUCAAAGAUCUCACCGCUGAGAAAAGCCAGUUGCAGAACAACUUUAACUCUUUGAGUCAAAAGAAACUGGAGCUGGAGACCAGAGUCAAAGAUCUCACUGCUGAGAAAAGCCAGUUACAGAACAACUUCAACUCUUUGAGUCAGAAGAAACUGGAGCUGGAGACCAGAGUCAAAGAUCUCACUGCUGAGAAAAGCCAGUUACAGAACAACUUCAACUCUUUGAGUCAGAAGAAACUGGAGCUGGAGACCAGAGUCAAAGAUCUCACUGCUGAGAAAAGCCAGUUACAGAACAACUUCAACUCUUUGAGUCAGAAGAAACUGGAGUUAGAAAGAAGAGUCACUUCUCUGAGUGAGGAACUGAAGAAAGAAUCAUCUAAACAAGGUUGGCUUUUCAUGUCCAAUGAGUUGAAGAGCUGGUCUGACAGCAGGCAGUACUGCAGGGAUCAUGGAGCUGAUCUGGUCAUUAUCAACACUGAAGAGAAGCAGAGGUUCAUAUCUUCUUUUACCACGGAGAGAGUGUGGAUUGGUUUGUCUGACACAGAGCAGGAGGGCAACAUGAAAUGGGUGGAUAAUUCACUGCUGAAUAGAGGGUUCUGGUUCCCAGGUGAGCCGAAUGACCAACAUAGUCAUGAGGACUGUAUUGAAAUGAUGCCUUCAAAUCCGGUCCUGAACAACUGGAAUGAUCUGCCAUGUUCAGAGAAGAGAAAAGGUGUUUGUGAGAAAUAGGGUUCAUCCCAUCUUGUCAUGGUUUUGCUUCUAUAUAUAAUAUAAUCAUUCUUAUU